AUGCGAAGAGAGUUUGAGCUAAAAUUUGACAAUCAUGAGUAUCGUGGAUAUGUGCUGUUAUUCGACAGUUGCUUAUGGUUUUGGGUGGGUUCAAAGGAUAUCACAUCACUCGGACUUUCACUUUUUCCGAUGUCGUCAAUGUUAAUUGACACACCGAACACACAGAAUGUCUGCGUGAAAGCUGUGACAACCCGAAUCGCAAAACAUUUUCAAGGGAAACAGGUGUUCUUCUCGUCGGAUAUCGAUGAAGAGGAUCCGGUAUUCUGGCAGCACCUCUUUGUGGCGUUACAACCGGAAUUUGAGCGCAUCAAUGCGAUGAUCUUAUAA